GAUGAUUCCCUGCUCCCAACACACCUGAUUUAAAUGAAUGGGCCGUCAUCAGGCCUCAGCAGAGCUUGAUGACAGGCGGAUCAUUUGAAUCAGGAGACAGAACCAGGAUCGAAGAAUGCAGCUAAAGCUGCUUCAGACACACUGUGACCUGUCCACCACAUGAAGUCCAUGUCAUGUUUUACAUCAGAGGGUCCUGUCCAGGUUUUCUUUACACACACAGCUGCAUGGUCUCCUCCCACAGCAGUGAUACUCGUCACCUCAAACUUCCUCUGUACAAAAUGUAAUAAACUUCUUUGUUUUCAGUAGACAUGAGUGCUAAAAGGAACUUCUUGCUGUAAACUGGAAACAACAAGCGCUUUUCUGGAACUUUUGCCCUCAAUUUUCCAUUUUUUCCUGCAUUUUUCUUUGUUGCAGAAACAGAUGAUUCUUCCAGUUCACGUGAGAGUAAAACAUUCCCACUGCAGUAAUGUGUUAGAAGGAGUUAUGCAGGAGUGGUUUAGACCCGAUCGCUGAGAUUGUAGGUUUAUUUUCAGACAAAAUUCAGUCAACUUUACUUAAUGAGGAGAAAGUAUUUGCCCUGGAGUGAACCUUAGUUUUGUUCAUUAAAUGACACGUUUUUGCAUGGUGAUGCCUUAGGGUGAUGUCUUGUGACACAAAAGUGUCAAAGUACACAGUCGACAAAUAGUCUUUAUUGGCAGGAGCCUGUGAAAAAAGUGUUGUGUGUUUGUUUACCGUAAAAUUUUCCAGUAAUGAUGUAAUGUCUCUAACCAUGCAUGGUGAACUAAAAGCUUUUCACACUGCAUUUAGACCUGGUCUGAAAACAUUGUUAGUCCCAGGCUAAAAGAGAGUUUACACUGGUAAACUCUUGGCACUUUUCAAAGUGGGCUACCCUGAGUCCUGCUCAUUCUUAAUUGUUAACAUUAGUCACACAUUCCAAAGGAUAUUUAACCCAGAGCUGGUAGAUGUACCGUGUGAAUCAUAUAGCCCAGGUAUUAGGUUAAUCUUGGUUUAACAAUAGGGCUGUUCACCAUGCUAACUUAGCCCCUUUAGUCCUAGACUAAAAUCAGUGUUAGCCCACUUUGGAAUGUACCAGUAUUAGGCCAACGUGAAUAUUUUCUUAUCUUUGGGCUAACAGCCCCCUUAGCUUUGGGCUAACAGUUCCCUUAGCCUGGGGCUAACUGCUGUGUUAGCCUGAGGCCAACAACUCUCUUAGCCUGGGGCUAUUGGUGCCCCUCACUGGGGGCCAACAGCUCCCCUCUGCUUGGUGCUAACGGUUCCUUAGCCAUGGGCUAACAAUAGCUUUCGCUUAGGCAUAACAGCUCCCUUAGCUUGGGGCUAACAGCUCCCCAAGGAAAUCCCUGGGCUAAGAACAUGUAACGCGUAGUUUAGCCCAACUAUAUUUGCAUAGAUACAGAAUAUAACCAUUAUAUAAAAAAUAAUUAAAUAAUCAGAAUAUAAGUGCUUUUCACAUGCCAUUUCGUCCCAGGUCAGAAAAAAAAAUUCUGGCACAUCCUUGACUUUUGCUUAAGGCUUAAUUGCCCUGCUUCAGAACAGGUUCAGCCCAGAGUUUGCAGGGUUAGCAUCUGAACACCGGCUAAACACGGAGAUUAAAUGUGCCAGUGUGAAAUGGGGCUCAAGUAAACAAGAGUAUUUACAUUAGUUUUGAAUGUAACGUUUCCAAAGGAUACUAACAUAAGUUGAUCUUUCAUUGUUCAAGAGCUGGGACAAAAUCAACGGAGCCUGACUGCCUUUGAGGAAUCAGACUUAUUGGUUCCAUUUAAGUUUUCCAAUUAAAGCUCCAGUCCUCGACAUGUCCUGUGACUCAGACCCUUACAUCUUUUCCACUGACACUCUACCUGCUGACCGCCGCUUCCUCCCUCCACUGGCCAAUGGGCGUCUGGGAUGGAGGGUGUACAGCAACAUCAUGCAUAUGGGUGGUGUGUAUAACGGGGAGGGUGGACGGUGUCACCGAGCGGAUGUCCCCUGUCCUUUCGCUGUGGAGGUGGAGACGGAGGAAACCACCCAGCACACCUACAGCCUAGACACUCACUCAGGCAUCUUUACCCACACGCUGAGCUCGGCAAAUGUGACCAUCUCACAGUCUUUGUAUUCACACCGAUACUACUCCAACCUGAUGGUGAUGGAGGUUCUGCUGGUGCGACAGGUGACCUCAGAGGAGCCAAUCACUGUAAAGCUGGUCAGUUCAUUCACGCCUCAGAGCAAAGACAUCGUGUUCGAGUCUGGUCCUGAUUACAAAGGAGGAACGUACAUCCAUGGAAUGACAAAGAGUGCUGAGAUCCCAGGAGGUUCCUGUCCCAUGGUGCACCUUAUCUGGAGCCAUUUACCCUCUACUCUGACACUGCUUCCAGAGCAGAGCCAGGCUCGCUGGGGAUUCAUCCUGGUCGGGACUAACAGCUUAGACAUAGCCAAGGCCAGUUUUGAUGAGGGCCUGGAUCUGAUGGCGGCAGGCAACCUGCGCCCGUCUCAUGAGAAUGCCUGGAAAGAACUGUGGCUGCAGAGCAAGGUGGAGGUGACAGGGUCAGAAACCCUGAGCAAGGCCGUGAUUGGCUGCAUGUUCUACCUCCUCAGUGCCUUCCCUUCCAUACAUGACACCUCCAGCUCUUUUGGUGGCGUCAGUCCAGGUGGGCUGUCUAAUGGAGGGGAUGGUCAGGACUACUGGGGCCAUGUUUUCUGGGACCAGGACCUCUGGAUGUAUCCUGGUAUAGCCCUUUUCUAUCCCAAGCUAGCCCGAGCAGUGCUAGAGUACAGGGUGGGGACUAUAGAUGGUGCAAAGGACAACGCACAAAAGCAGGGCCACAAGGGACUAAAGUUCCCCUGGGAGAGUGCUGUGUCAGGGAGGGAGGUGUGUCCAGAGGACAUUUACGGACAACAAGAGAUUCAUAUAAAUGGAGACGUCACCCUGGCCUUCCAACGAUACUUGUACCUCACCGAGGAUCUGUCCAUGUUCACAGAGGGCCGGGGCAGUGAGGUGAUCUAUGGUGUGGCUGAUUACUGGGUUUCUAGAGUUACCUGGAACCCUGAGGACCAGAAGUAUCACCUCAUAGGUGUCAUGCCACCUGAUGAAUAUUAUUACAAUGUCAACAACUCUGUGUUCACAAACACUGUGGCCAAAUUCAGUCUCCAGUUCGCUGUAGAACUGGCUGCCCUCCUCCAACAUCCUGCACCAACUGAAUGGCAGGAAGUGGCCGAUGGCCUCAAAAUACCUUUCGACCAAGAAUCCCAGUACCAUCCCGAGUUUGAUGGCUACAUUAAAGGUCAUCCAGUGAAGCAGGCUGAUGCAGUUAUGUUGAGCUACCCUCUUGAUUUGCCAAUGUCCCCAGAGGUCAGGAGGAAUGACCUUGCAGCGUAUGAGCCAGUAACUGACCCCAGCGGUCCAGCCAUGACAUGGAGUAUGUUUGCAAUCGGCUGGAUGGAGCUUGGGGAGGCGGAGAAGGCGCAGAGUUUACUUCAGAAGUGCUUCAAGAACAUCCAGGCACCCUUCCAGGUAUGGAGUGAAUCAUCAGAUGGCUCUGGUGCAGUCAACUUCCUCACAGGUAUGGGAGGAUUCCUGCAAGCUGUGCUGUUUGGCUACACUGGCUUCAGAGUUCAGAAGGAAUGCCUGGCCUUUUCUCCACUUCUCCCCAAGGACAUUUCUGAGCUCUGCAUUCGUGGUGUGAACUACCUGGGCAGUCAGAUGGAUUGGCUGCUGAGGAAAAAUGAAGUUUGUAUCAUAGUGAGGGAACAGACAGGACGUGCCAAGACCCCUGAUCUGCAGGUGGUCCUCAAGGCAUCAGGAACCAAAAUCCCUCUCUCGCCAGGGCAGCCAGUAACAUUUCCCCGAGAGCCUGGGUAUGUUUGUAAACAGGCUUGGACGUCUUCCUGUUGGCCCGUCUGAAACCUCAACCUGGGACCCUCCUGAUCAUUUCAUGUACAAAGAAUUAAAAUGAUGCUGACCAAGUCAUUUCAUAUCUGAGCUACUGCUCAGUUGUAUGUUGGUAUUCACUUGUGUAACCAUGGACAAAAUGUAUGAAAUAGCUUGCUGUAUAACACAGUGGGAUCGCAAGAAUUACUAAACAUGAGUUUGUUUUUAUAUCAUUUUACAGAAUGUUUAUUGUACUUCUUUAUUUGGUUAAAAUGAAAAAAUGUUUUGACAUGAACAUUUUGAAAGUGUCCAAAAAACAUCUGUUGCAACUUAUUUCAGUUAUUUGCUAUUGUAAUAUGCCACAUUAUGAAAUAUUUUGUUUUGUGAUCAAAAUGUGUUCAAAUAAAACUCCUUUCAUUCUGUGCAAAUCUUCA